CUGAUAUCCCAACAAACAAGGUAAAUAUGUUACAGUUCCUUGAGCACAAGGCGCACUGCUUUAAAGCAGGGGGGCUGGGAGAAUAUUAUUAUCAGUGGCAGGCCUUAACCUCAGACCCUGAGAUAUUGCAAAUGAUACUAGGCCAGCCAAUCGAGUUUACCAGAACUCCAUAUCAAAGAGUAGUCCCCAAAGAGAAGAAAAUCCUUGAUUUAGACAAACAACAUGUCAUUGAUACUGAAAUAGCUGAACUCCUUGCUAAGGGUGUUAUUACCCCAAGUAGCCAUGAAAAAGGGGAAUAUAUCUCUCCUAUUUUCACUAGGGCCAAAAAGGAUGGUUCUUUCAGAGUAAUUUUAAAUCUCAAGCGUUUAAACAUUCAUGUACAAUACCACCAUUUUAAAAUGGACUCACUUAAUACUGUUUUACAAAUGGUAAAACCUGGGUGCUUUAUGGCAUCCAUAGAUUUAAAGGAUGCAUAUUAUUCUGUGCCUAUUGCCACUGCAGACCAAAAAUACCUGAAGUUUCAGUGGCGUGGAAAACUGUAUAAAUAUGUUUGCUUUCCAAAUGGAUUGGCAUUUUGCCCCAGGAAGUUUACUAAAUUAUUAAAACCAGUAUAUUCACAUUUGAGACAGCUGGGACACCUUUCAGCAAGUCAUAUCGAUGACUCGUAUCUCCAGGGUGAUGACUAUGAUGACU